UUUUUUUAUUAAUCAAAAUUUUCAAAAAAAUUUUUAAGCAAAUGCUACGACGUCAUAGAAGAGAACGUGAGAGGCGAGCAGGUAGAGGGACUCGUGGUGGAACUCGUGCAGCUGAAAGGGCUCAACUUAAUAUGAGGGAGAGAGCUCGAUAUGUAACUGUUAGAACCUUCGACAACGUUGAAGCAUUCGAUCGUUGGUGGGAUAACAGAAAGCAUAGAUGGAAGAUUAACAAAAGACAGAGGUCACCAGAUAAGGUUGAUGAAUAUUGGAGAUGUUCGUAUGCUGAAGAAGGCCGCUACUUUGUUUGCGGUUGUUGUAUUCGAAUCAGGAAGCCUACUGGUGCAGGGGGGCCCAUUGAAGCGGCAAGAAGCAUAAAUGUUCCACAUAGGCAUGCUGUAACUGGUGACAUGUUUCUUAGUAUGGAUCCAUUCCCUAUGGAAACUGCAAUAGUUGUUCGAAUAAAUAUAGAUGGAUGACAAUAACGACUUCUCUCUUGCCUGCUACUGCUGCUGCUCUUCUUGUAUUGAUGAGAAAAGAUUGAAGAUAA